GUCCAAUGAUGGUUCUGCCUCUCCUGCCAGCAUCUCCUCCCCAUGCAGCCUGUGUGUGCUCGGGAGGGACCAGCCGCAGCAGCACAGCCCGGACUGGGAGCACUGACACCGACCCAUGCACACAGCUCUCCCUCCAGUGUGACCACCAGUGUGAGGACCCUGACAAAUAGCAACCCAUAUCUCAGCUACUUGGACCUGUAUAUGAUGUGGUGCUGGGCUUAAUGGAAGUCACACCAGUGAAAUGUAAACCUUUUAGCUUCCAAGCCUCAAGCUGUCAAGAUGGUUUAUGGAGAAUUCUUUCAUAGAACUAAAGGUGAUGAUGAAGUGGUGAAGCUAAACGUUGGGGGCUUCAAGCAAUGCGUGGCUCAGAGGACCCUCCAAAGAUUUCCUCACACCAGACUUGGAAAACUACUCAACUGCAGUUCAGAAGAAGCCAUACUUGAACUUUGCGAUGACUACAAUGUAGCAGACAAGGAAUAUUACUUUGAUCGGAAUCCUUCCCUAUUUAGAUAUAUUUUAAACUUUUACUACACUGGAAAACUUCAUGUCAUGGAGGAGUUGUGUGUGUUCUCCUUUUGCCAAGAGAUAGAAUAUUGGGGGAUUAAUGAACUUUUCAUCGAUUCAUGUUGUAGUAACAAAUAUCAGGAUAAAAAAGAAGUUAUCUCAGAAAAAAACUGGGAUGAUAAAAGUGAUGUCAUGAGCGUAAGCUCCUCUUCUGACCAGUCAUCUGUUUUUGAAAAAGAACUGGAGUUGUUUGAUUCUCAAAAAUUUGGGAACGUUCGGAGAAAAAUAUGGAUCCGACUUGAAAACCCUGCAUUCUCUCUUACUGCCAAGCUAUUUGCCAUCUCCUCAUUAAGCGUAGUCUUAACCUCCAUUGUAGCUAUGUGCAUCCACAGCAUGCCUGAGUUCCACAAGACUGAUGACAAUGAUCGAGAACAAGAAGAUCCUGUCCUCGAAGUGGUGGAGAUAAUAUGCAUUGUGUUUUUUACCACUGAACUUGUUGUACGACUUGCUGUAGCUCCUUCUCAAAAAAAAUUUUGGAAGAACCCCAUGAACAUUAUAGAUUUUGCCUCCAUUAUACCAUUUUAUGCCACUUUGGUUGUAGACACCAAGGACGAGGAGAAUGAAGGUAUUGAGAACAUGGGAAAAGUUGUUCAAAUACUACGACUUAUGAGGAUUUUUCGGAUUCUAAAGCUUGCAAGACAUUCUGUUGGGUUGAGAUCCUUAGGAGCUACUUUAAGACAUAGUUACCAUGAAGUUGGGCUUUUACUAUUAUUUUUGUCUGUUGGGAUUUCAAUAUUUUCAGUUCUUACUUAUUAUCUAGAAAAAGACGAUGAAUUCUCUUCUCUAAAGAACAUUCCUACCUGCUGGUGGUGGGCGACAAUUAGUAUGACCACUGUGGGCUAUGGUGACACUCACCCGGUUACUUUAUAUGGGAAGCUUGUCGGCAGUGUUUGCAUUAUUUGUGGAAUACUAGUGGUUGCUCUCCCUAUAACAAUCAUUUUUAACAAAUUUUCUAAAUACUAUCAAAAGCAAAAAGCAAUCGAUGUGGAUGGAUGUAACGAAGAUGAGCCAAAAGAGAAAUUUAACGAUCUCCCGUAUUUCAACAUUAGAGAUAUAUAUGCAAGAAGGAUGAAUUCCUUCAUUUCAAGCCUUUCUUCUGUUGGUAUUAUUGCAAGCAAUGACUCAACAGAUGCUUCCAGUAUACAAGAAAUGGAAGAUUCUUACAAUUAGGAGUCUUAUUUUCUGUGCUUGCCAUGAUUUGUCACUUACUGUAUAUUAACUCUUGCUACCUCCGUUUCCAGAACUUAGAAGCUUUAUAAGUUUUUCUUUGGUUCUUCAUAGCACUUAAUUCUCAGGGUAUGACUUGUAGCCAUAUUUUAGAACAUAUACUGCUACUAAAUUAUAUGUAAUAUGGCUUUAUUUUAUGUUUGAGGAGUUUAUAGUUUGCUUCUUUAAUGUUUUAUUUUUUUACAUAAAUUUUUAUGAAAACAAAAUCAAAGAUAUUUUAUUGGACGCACAUGAAAAAUGUAUUUAUUUUACAAUGUAUUGGAGCCUAAUAGUCAGUUGGAUAGAGUGGUUCAGCUUCUUUUGUUUUAAGGGAAGCAUGCAGACUAAUGCUGCAGAUGCUAAUUAGAAUUUCAAAAAUAGCCACCUACCUGCAAUUAGAAGAAUCAUUACAUCAGAGUUUAUCUGGUCUUCUAACGAUUAAGGAAAUGCUACCAUGGAGAACUUUGUAUAAGUAAUUGUUUUCUAUCCACAAUUCUGGAUUGACGGUUACUGUACGUAGAAUCUGUGGGUUAAUUGAUAUACAGCAGCAUUUACAGGGUGUUCUGAUUUUUUUAUUCCAAUUUUUGUUUUUGAGACAAUUUUAAAGGGAGUCUGUUACCAGGAAAAUCACUGUUAAAUCUGACACCAUGGCUUGUAAGGUUAGUUCAGCUGAAUUUAAUGUAAAUUUUCAUUUAGCGAUCCGUUGCUUUCUUCUGGCGAAAAAGUACCUUUAAUACAUUUGCAAAUAAGCAGUUUAGUGCACCGAGGGUGGGCCCAAGCCACUC